AAGAAGAAGAAGAAGAGCAGCCGGAACUAUCGGCGGCUGGUGCGCUCGGCAUCGGGAGCAAUUCGAGGUUGCGCUCUGUACAUGCGUGGAAACGGAUACGAGGCUGGACUCGUGUAAGCACGCGAGAGUGGUGUGUGAGAGAGUUAGCCGCUCGUCUGCACAAUGUCUUCAGUCAUCUGUCCGGGGUUUCAGAGCAGCACGCGGGACUUCCGCUUCGGGCCCUGGACCCUCACCGCCGCCAAGACGCACAUCAUGAAGUCCAAAGACAUCGAGAGGUUAGCAGAGAGCAUGAACAUGCCGGCUCUCCCAGAGAUGCUGUUCGGAGACAAUGUGCUGCGCAUUCAGCACGCCGACGGGUUCGGGAUCGAGUUCAACGCCAUCGACGCUCUCAAGCGUGUCAACAACAUGCAGGACUCUGUGAAAGUGGCUUGCGCGCAGGAGUGGCAGGACAGCAGAGCCGAGUCGGAGGCGUCUAAAGAGGUGGUGAAGCGCUACGACUGGACCUACACCACAGAUUACAGGGGCACUUUACUGGGAGAGCAGCUGCAGAUCCAGGUGAAGCCCACCGCCGAGCGCAUCGACAUGGAGAAGCUGCGGGCGCGAGAACAGAUCAAGUUCUUCGAGGACGUGCUGCUGUUCGAGGACGAGCUGCACGAUCACGGCGUGUCCAUGAUCAGCGUGAAGAUCAGAGUGAUGCCCACCAGCUUCUUCCUCCUGCUGCGGUUCUUCCUGCGAGUGGACGGCGUGCUGAUCAGGAUAAACGACACGCGUCUUUAUCACGAGGCUGGAAAAAACCACAUGCUUCGAGAAUUCAGCACACGUGAAAGUAAAAUGUCAGACCUCCAGCACGUUCCUCCAGCGGUUUACACAGACCCCAAUGAAAUCUCCCCGCAGCUGCCGCUGAAGCUCAUCGAGUGCGAGAAGCUGGAGUUUCCAGAGAGAACGCCGCAAGCAGAACCAUCCGAGUGACGCCGAGCAGAGCGCUCGCUACAGACUCGAACCCACUAAACCUGAACUCUGUACAUGUUUGAUGUGGAGGAUUUCAUUAAAAUCCUUUGAUUCAGAAGUAUGUCUAGAUGUGAUGAGAACGAACUAAUACU